AUGGCCAUUAAACCGCAGGAGAAUAUAGACCCAUCUCCAUACAGCCUCUCGCCGGUGUCUGCAAAAUCACAGAAGUUGCUUCGGUCCCCACGGAAAGCGACAAGAAAGAUCUCUCGGAUACCUUUCAAAGUACUAGAUGCUCCAGAUCUUCAAGAUGACUUCUACCUAAAUCUGGUGGACUGGUCAGGCCAGAAUGUUCUCAGCGUCGGCUUGGGUAGCUGUGUCUAUCUUUGGAGUGCGUGUACUAGCCAAGUAACUCGACUUUGCGAUUAUUCGUCAGAUGGCAACACCGUAACAUCUGUGGCAUGGAGCGAGCGAGGCCACCACGUGGCUGUUGGCACACAGAAAGGUCAUAUCAGUGUAUGGGAUGUGGCUGUCAAUAAAGAGGUAUCAAAUCUUCAAGGACACGUAGCUCGCGUGGGCGCUUUGGCAUGGAACGGCGACACGCUAAGUUCCGGCUCUCGGGACCGACACAUCAGACAGCGGGACACGCGGGCACCCAAUGCAACUUCAUCACGGAUACUACAAGGGCAUAGACAAGAGGUGUGUGGAUUAAAGUGGUCUCCUGAUGGACAGUUGCUCGCUUCAGGAGGCAACGAUAACAAACUCUUUGUUUGGUCUAUGCAUUCUCCAUCGCCAGUGCAAACAUAUUCGGCCCAUGUAGCAGCGGUGAAGGCCAUCGCCUGGUCUCCGCACCAGCACGGCCUUUUGGCCUCAGGCGGAGGAACGGCAGAUCGCUGCAUACGUUUCUGGAAUACGCUGACUUCCCAGCCCAUGCAGUGUGUCGAUACCGGCUCACAAGUUUGCAACCUUGCAUGGUCUAAACACUCGAGCGAACUGGUCUCAACACACGGAUAUUCGCAGAACCAAAUACUUGUUUGGAAGUAUCCUUCGCUAACGCAGGUCGCAAAGCUAACCGGUCACUCAUAUAGAGUGCUUUACCUGGCCUUGUCCCCGGAUGGUGAGGCGAUCGUGACCGGCGCAGGAGACGAAACACUCAGAUUCUGGAACGUUUUCUCGAAAACACCUUCACAUAAAGAAAAUAAGAGCGUUUUAAACCUCUACACGGCUCUUAGAUAA